AAAUGAUUUAAAGAUAACUCUAAAAAUUGGACUAGUGGAAAUAAAGAUAUUGAUGAAUUUAUACGGAAAUCAUAACUUAAUGCUGUAUAUCAUAGAAAAUAUCUUGAAUGGAUACCUUUUGAAAAAUUUCAAAAUAUCACUUAUAUUGCAGAAGGUGGUUUUGGUAAGAUUUAUUCAGUUGAAUGGCCUGAAGAAUAUAUUUAUUUUUGGAAUAUUGAAAAUCAAAAUUGGUAUAGAUUCAAGGAUAAUAAAUAUGCAUUGAAAAGUUUAAAUAAUUCUUCUGAUAUAUGUUCAGAUUUUUAAAUGAGGUAAUUUAAA